UACGAGCGUCAGAUUGAUUUUUCUAAGGUUCAAAACGGGACUAUUUCGGCAUCUCAUUGGUGAAAUUUUAGCGUCAAUUUUCAAAUAUGUUGCAAAUGCGUGUGUGGAAAUGAAGUUAUUAAUAAAUGAAUGAAAUUUUUACUCGAACCACUCACUUUACUUACAACGCCACUCCCGCCCUGUUGACACCCUCCCGAACAGGAACGCUGUCCGGUUCGAGUCGGCGUCGUGGCGCUGACAAAUGCCCCAGCAACUUGGGGAAUGGGAUGCUUCGCUGGGAAGCUGUCAUUGUCAUUCACCUAGUACUGGGGACUAGACAAAGAGAGACAAAAGAAUAUGAUAAGAAGUUGUCUGCUUGCGAAGCCAAACAUCUGCUUCGGGUCUAGAUUACCAGUCUCACAUUUUUACAUUUUACGACACAAGUCAACAACCAUGUCUGCAAACGAGCAUCAUACUGAACAGGCCAAUCGCCCUCAAGCCGCCCCUCAGUCGAGGCCACAAGCGGCUAAGAAGCCGGCCAAAAAGGAGAUCAAGAUCCUUAUGCUGCAUGGCUACACCCAGUCGGGCCCGCUCUUCCACGCCAAGACGCGCGCCUUGGAAAAGCUCAUGAUCAAGUCCCUAGCCCCCUUCAACCUGCAGCCCACCCUGAUCUACCCCACGGCGCCCAACCAGCUCCGGUCCGUCGACAUACCGGGCUGCAACCCGGUAGCCGGCCAAGAUGACCCGCGCGCGACCGACUCGUGGUCCUGGUUCCGCAUGUUCGACGCCACGGGCGCCUACCGGCUUUUGCGGGAGGGUAUGAGCCGACUGACGGAGGCGGUGCGGGACGCGGGCGGCGUCGACGGCGUCAUCGGCUUCAGCCAGGGCGCGGUAAUGGCGAGCAUGAUGACAGGGGUGCUGGACGAGCCGAGGCGCGAGGUCCCCGGAAGCGACUCGGCGAAGCAAUGGGUCGCAGAGCUGCGCGAGGCCAACGGAGGGCGAGCACUCAAGUUUGCCGUCUUCUACAGCGGGUUUGCCGCAAAGCCGCCGGGGCUGGGCUGGAUGUACGAGCCGAGCAUCAACACGCCCACCAUGCACUUCAUCGGCAGCCUGGACACGGUCGUGGACGAGAAGAGGUCGAGGGACCUGGCAGAAAAGUGCGUGAACUCGAUUGUGAUUGAGCACCCGGGCGGGCAUCACGUUCCCACGGGCAAGGAGCACGCGAUGCCGUUGAUUGGGUUUAUCAAGCAAAAGUGCGUGGAUGAUGCUGCUGCUGCUGAUGCUGCUGCUGCGUAGGGGCAAGAUCUAUAUGUCCUCAGCAGCAACGUCUAGAGACGGAGAAGCCUAUCAUUUUUGUUUCUGUGUUCAUUUUCACCCUGUUUCUAUACAGUGCUUGGUAGGUUGAUGUAGCAUAGACCAGAUAUAGACUCCUAAAAUCCUUUCGAUCUAGUAUCACACCAAGGAGACUCGAAAAUGGCCAGACCAAGUCAUUUCCAUGCCUCAAAGCUCUAGAAUUAUACAAGUACACCCGAUGUGGUUUUCUGUC